CUUCCUAGUUAGUUUCAUGGUGGAUGCUCGCGGGGGUGCCAUGAGAGGUUGCAGACAUAACGGACUCCGAAUCAUUAUCCCUCCGCGGAAAUGCACCGCUCCGACACGAGUGACUUGCCGGUUGGUGAAACGCCACAGGCUGGCCACCAUGCCUCCCAUGGUGGAAGGCGAAGGUCUGGCCAGCCGCCUGAUUGAAGUUGGACCUUCUGGGGCUCAGUUUCUUGGGCCUGUGAUUGUGGAGAUUCCCCAUUUUGCUGCUCUGCGUGGGAAAGAGAGAGAGCUGGUCAUCCUGCGCAGCGAGAACGGGGACAGCUGGAAGGAGCAUUUCUGUGAAUACACUGAGGAUGAACUGAAUGAGAUCUUGAACGGGAUGGAUGAAGUACUUGACACUCCAGAGGAGCUUGAGAAGAAACGGAUCUGCCGCAUCAUCACCCGAGAUUUCCCUCAGUACUUCGCGGUGGUAUCCCGGAUCAAACAGGACAGCAACCUUAUCGGCCCCGAGGGAGGUGUGCUGAGCAGCACUGUGGUACCACAAGUGCAGGCAGUCUUCCCAGAAGGGGCUCUGACCAAACGAAUUCGCGUUGGCCUCCAGGCUCAACCUAUGCAUACUGAACUCAUAAAGAAGAUUUUAGGCAACAAGGCUACCUUCAGUCCUAUAGUCACGCUGGAGCCCAGGAGAAGGAAGUUCCAUAAACCCAUCACGAUGACGAUUCCCGUCCCCAAGGCCUCCACUGAUGGGAUCAUGAACGGUUACGGAGGCGACACCCCCACUUUAAGGUUGCUAUGCAGCAUCACAGGAGGAACCACCCCUGCCCAAUGGGAAGACAUCACUGGAACAACACCGCUGACAUUCGUUAACGAAUGCGUGUCCUUCACAACAAACGUGUCUGCCAGAUUUUGGUUGAUAGACUGUCGACAGACACAAGAAUCUGUUACUUUUGCUUCCCAAGUGUACAGAGAGAUUAUCUGUGUCCCCUACAUGGCCAAAUUUGUGGUGUUUGCCAAAUCACAUGAUCCCAUUGAAGCACGGUUACGAUGUUUUUGCAUGACAGAUGACAAGGUGGAUAAAACUCUAGAACAGCAAGAAAAUUUUGCUGAAGUUGCCAGAAGCAGGGAUGUAGAGGUAUUAGAAGGAAAGCCCAUCUACGUUGACUGCUUUGGCAAUUUGGUGCCACUAACAAAGAGUGGACAGCAUCAUAUAUUCAGUUUUUUUGCCUUCAAAGAAAACAGACUUCCUCUGUUUGUUAAGGUGCGAGAUACCACUCAAGAGCCCUGUGGACGGUUGUCAUUCAUGAAGGAGCCAAAAUCUACAAGAGGCCUCGUUCAUCAAGCCAUAUGUAAUUUAAACAUCACUUUACCCAUUUACACAAAGGAAUCAGAAUCAGAUCAAGAACAAGAAGAAGAGGUUGAAAUGACUUCAGAGAAAAAUGAUGAGACAGAAUCUACAGAAACAUCUAUCCUGAAAAGCCAUCUGGUUAAUGAAGUCCCUGUGCUAGCCAGUCCAGACCUGUUGUCUGAAGUUUCUGAGAUGAAACAAGAUUUGAUCAAAAUGACUGCCAUCUUGACAACUGACCCUUCUGAUAAAUCAGGCUCCAUUAAAGUGAAAGAUCUUGGAAAACCCACUGAAGAAGAGCCAGGAGAGCCUUUUGAAAUAGUUGAAAGAGUGAAAGAAGACUUAGAAAAAGUAAAUGAAAUUCUGAGAGGUGGAUCUUAUACCAGCGAGGAACGUGUUUUGCACAAGUCCCUUUCCAAACAAGAGCUUGUAGAGGAAGAAUGGGUCAUUGUCAGUGAUGAAGAAAUCGAAGAGGCCAGAAGAAAUGCUCCUUUAGAAGUCACUGAACCUGCCUGUGUAGAAGUCAGGGUAGACAAAGGGACAACAAAAAUGGAGAAGCCAGACAUAACAGGAAUGGUAGAUUACCUUGCAGAGGAUUUAAAAACGUACGUUUCUCUCCAUGAGGUACAGCCACAAGCCUUACAAGAAGACUUAGUAGAAGAGAGAUUUGAAGCUGUAGUAAUAAGCAGGGAUUCUGAAAAAGAAGGACAAGAAUCUCCAGCACCUGCAACGCUGAGUCCUCAGGAGCAACACAAGCCAGCCUUAGAAAUUAAAAAGCCAGCUAGGACAAAAUUAAGAGACAAGCAAAAGCAAAAGGAAGGCAAGAUGCGCAGCAGUGAAGAGCAAUCAGGACUAACGAAGCCCGCUUCAGAUGAGUCUCUAGGUGAGGAACGUGGCUUAACACUGACAGCUGCUCCCGAGGCUAAAGCUGUGUCCCCUGUUAUAGAGGAAACUCCUAUUGGCUCAAUAAAAGAUAAAGUUAAAGCUCUUCAGAAACGAGUGGAAGACGAACAAAAAAUACGGUCAAAACUACCUGUCAGAAUUCAAACAAGAGAAGGCACUGCUGAAAAGGCUUCUAAAAGACCAGUACAAGCCAAAAAACCAGUAGCUCACAAAGCACAACCGCCCGUUUCACCUUCUUCUAAGACAGAAAGACUUGAAGAGACCAUGUCAGUUCGUGAACUGAUGAAAGCCUUCCAGUCAGGUCAAGACCCAUCCAAGAACAUAUCUGGACUGUUUGAGCACAAAUCUGUCAAACAGAAGCAACAGCUCCCUGAGAAGGAGACAACCCGGAGGAAAACAGUCUCUUCGCAAAGUGAAACGAGGCGAGUAUCAAGCCACAAGACAGACAAACAGAAGGACAAACAGAGCACAAUAUUGAAAGCAGAGAAAGAGCCGCAAUCAAAAAAAGGGAAAAUGCAAAUUCCUACUGUCGAAAUUACCAAGAAAGCUGCAGGGAAAGACCAGGUAAAGGAGCAGAGCAGCAAAAAACCAACCGAACCUCCUCCUCCAGUGUUCGAUGAUGAAAGUGCCAAAGAUACAGCGGUUGUGAAGGGCAGGGCUUCCGAUGACCAAGGAGAUACUGACUUCCAGAUCAGCCCUGACAGAAAAACCUCCACAGACUUUUCUGAUGUCAUUAAAGAAGAACUGGAGGAUAAUGACAAAUAUCAACAGUUCCGACACCUUUCAGUGACGGAGGAGGGAGAGCUCAACUUGGAGCAAGUACUGACCAGUCCUUUCAGUGUUGCUUUUCCCACAGAGUAUGUGAAAGAUGGAUUCCUUCCUGCUCUUUCGCUGCAGAGUGCUGCUUUCGAUGGGAGCUCGGAGAGCCUUAAACACGAAGGUGUGGCUGAUUCUCCAGGUAGCCUACUUGACGGAACCCCUCAGAUCAGCUCUGAGGAAAGUUAUAAGCACGAGGGUCUGGCAGAGACUCCAGAAACAAGCCCUGAAAGCCUUUCAUUCUCACCAAAGAAAAACGAUGGGCAAAUGGAAGAAGCUAAAGAAGCAGCUAAAGCGCACGCAACAGCAGAAACACGUUCUCUGAAGGAACCCUCUCCAAAGGAAGAUGAAAAAGGUAUUACUGAAAGACAGCUAGAUGCUGUUCCUGAGACUAGUAAGUCUCAUUCUGACCAUGUAUCAGAAGAGCUUGUACCUACAGCCUCUGAAGAAGAGGCUGAUAAGCUUAAAGAAAAUAGCUCAGCUUCCAUUAUGGAAGAUAUUAGCAGGGAUAAAGAAUCCAGAACCACUGCACAUUUAACUAAGUCUUCUGAAACACAUGACACUGCUUUAGAGAAAGAAAAAGAUAUAACCUGUGAACGCCGUGUUGCGGUUAGAAGUCCCCAGAAAUUGGAACUUUCACUUGCUAGCCAUGAUAGUGAAAGCUUUAGCCCAGUUGCAGAUGACUCUUUGGCUGUAAGUCAUAAAGACUCACUGGAAGCAAGCCCAGUGCUAGAAGAUAACUCAUCACACAAAACGCCUGAUUCUUUGGAGCCCAGUCCUAUGAAAGAGUCUCCCUGCCGUGAUUCCCUUGAAAGUAGCCCUGUAGAACAAACAGUGAAGGCUGGUGUCUUGGGGCAGGGUCCUCUUCAGCCUGUUCUUAGCAAAGGAGAAACCUGCCCAGAGCUGGCAUCGUUGCGUUCCAGGAUUCUCCGUGACCCUGAGGGAAGCGCUGAUGACGACAGUUUGGAGCAAACGUCCCUCAUGGAGAGUUCAGGGAAAAGUCCUCUUUCACCUGAAACUCCUAGUUCUGAAGAAAUUAGCUAUGAAAUCACACCAAAAACAGCAGACUCACAGGCUCUGUCAAACAUACCAAAGUCAGCCGUGAUCCCUGAAGUCAGUGAAGAGCCAGAGGAUGAUUCAGAAAGUGAACCAAAGAAGACGUUCACCCCUGAAGAGGAGAUGUUUAAAAUGGUGACCAAAAUCAAAACAUUUGAUGAAUUAGAACAAGAAGCAAAACAGAAGAGAGAUUACAAAAAGGAUUGUAAGCAAGAUGAAUCUUCUGUAGUCGCUGAUUCAGAAGCCGCCUGUGAAACUGAAGAACCAGAGUCAACAGCUGGAGAAGAAAAAGACAUACCUACAGUGGUGAUGUCUGCACCUGAAUCUAGAAAAAGUUCUUCCUCUUCAGAAAGUGAGCCGGAAUUGACUCAGCUAAAAAAAGAAGCUGACUCAGGCCUCUUAAUGGAGCCUACGAUCCGCGUGCAGCCACCCUCACCGUUACCGUCCGGUAUUGACUCCAGUUCUAGCCCCGAUGAAGCGGGUUUUCAACCCAUUGACUCAAAACAAUGCUCUGUCAGGACAGGUGCAGUUAAAGUAGAACAGGAUAAACCAACAGAAGAUGACAAAGAUGAACCACUUAGCCUUGGGGGCAGCUGUAAGGCUUCCGCAAGAAAAUCGGGCACCUGUCAUUCUGAUGGUUGCGCGUCAGCAGAAGCUGAUGAGUCCAUGUGUGACAGUACAGAUGACAGUGAGACAGUUAGUCCCAAUGCCUCAGUCACACAACCUGGGGGUACUCUGUGUCAUUCCAUUGGUGACGGUUCUCGACAAGAAGAUCCUGUUGAGUCUUCACUAGCACUACAGCAAUAUGAUACUACUGAAAAAGAUGUCCAGACCACUGCGUUGUUAACACACACAGAUCUCAUUUCUACAGGAGCUGUGUCUCAGAACGUAGAUGAUGGUUCUUGUGGACACAGUACCGCUGAGUGCUCUGCACCACAAGAUGGCAAACUGGCUGAAGAGGACACCACUGACCGUUCUGCAUUGGGAAGUGAUUUGGGAAAAACAGAUACAGAUUUUGAAACGCGUCAAAGAGAUGUUUAUGCUGAGGAACCGUUACCAGAGUAUUCAUCUCUUACCACUGAAACGGUGGAACUUGAAAGUUGUGUAGCAGAUGCUGCUGAAAGUAGUGCUCCUUAUAUAGUAAGCCCUUAUGAAAAUGUGUCUUCUGAACAUUUCUUUACUGACUCUGAAAGUAAGGUAGGAUCUGGUAGAAGCGUGCUAUCUAGGGAAGACUAUUCAAGUGAAAGAGGAAAAGAUCAGACUGGUGAAGCUUUGCUUAGCAGAGACGCAGGUAGUGAAUGUCACUCUUCAGAGGAAGUAUAUAUGGAGAUAGAGCCAAAACCAGAGGACGCAUUUCAGGAAAUGUCCCAAGGGUCUUCAGCGUCAGAUUCCACACAAUUAGCUGAAUCUGCCCUUGAGGAUAUGCAAGAUGAAACAGAGAAAUUGAUCAGUCAAGUUGUCAUCACCAAAACUGAUGUGGACUCUGACAUGUGGAGUGAAAUACGUGAAGAUGAUGAAGCUUUUGAAGCUCGGGUGAAAGAAGAGGAACAAAAGAUAUUUGGGUUGAUGGUAGACAGGCGGUCACAAGGCACAACACCUGAUACAACACCGGCCAGAACACCCACCGAGGAAGGGACGCCACUUAGUGAACAAAAUCCUUUUCUUUUUCAGGAAGGAAAGUUGUUUGAAAUGACUAGGAGUGGAGCCAUCGACAUGACCAAAAGGAACUAUCCAGACGAAAGCUUUCACUUCUUCCAAAUGGGGCAGCAGCCUCAGGAAGAAGUUUCUUUAUCUGAAGAAGUGAAAGAAGCAGCAGAGGGAGAAUCUUCUAAGCUGAAGAGCUCACCAGAUCCGUUUUCACCUUUAGAGUCAGAGGACUCAGAUACUCAAGAAAAAGAUACGUUGAAAUUUUCACCCCCAGCAUCUGAGUCUAGUGAUAAAUCAGAAGAAAUGACGGGUGAAGGUGUCAGCAUAGGCACCGCAAAAGCAGAUCUUAAAUCCAGAAUUCCAAUUAAAAUGGGUAUUUCAGCUUCUUCAAAAUCACCAAAGAAAGAAACUGCUGCCUCUGAAGCUGAGGCCCUCUCCGGAACGGAGACUGACAUGGUUGAUAGCAGUCAGGUGCCUUGCCCUAUCUCUCCUGAGCAGUCCAUAGUAGAAGACGAGUUAGAUUUUUCCAAAGUCACUAGAUUAGUUUGUUCCGAACAGGGUGAUGAGUCCCCUGACUCUUCACCAGAGGAACAGAGAUCCGUGAUUGAAAUCCCUACUGCUCUAAUGGAGACAGUGCCUUCCUGCGACAGCAAAUCCAAAAUCCCUGUCAGAACAGCUGCUGCUGCAUCGCAGUCCUUGCAACCAUCGGAAGGUGAGAGCCUUCCCACAGACGGCUUCCUAGACGGCUUGCUGUGCGAAGGAAAAGAUGACCAAGCGAAACCAAAGUCUAAAAUUCCUGUCAAAGCAGCUUUCCAAAAAGCUGACCAACAAUCUACAUGCGCGGACACAUCCGUUCACAAGCUAGAGUCGCCCAAAGCUCUUGACAUGACAAGCAAACUCCCUGCGAAGCAGGAUAACCGAAGUAAAUCGGAAUCUGACGCAAGCGUCCCCAUGGACCCAAAGGCUAAACGUUCAAUAAAAGCUAGGAGUUAUGCUGAGGCAGAAGCAGAGACCAGGGAGAGGGAGAGAGAGAUGAAGCUCGAGCUAGACUCAGAUGAGGCACCACCAGCAAGACCCAAGGUAUUUUCAUCACGAUUGCCAGUUAAAAGCAGGAGCGCUACCGCCUCCCGCGGUGCUUUUAGUCCCACAAAAGAAAGUAAGGAACAUCUUUUUGACCUUUACAAAAACUCCAUAGAAUUCUUUGAAGAAAUUAGCGAUGAAGCUUCCAAAUUAGUGGAAAGACUCACGCAGUCAGAGAGAGAACAAGAAUUAGUUUCAGAUGAUGAAAGCAGUAGCGCCCUAGAAGUUUCAGUUAUUGAAAAUGUGCCAUCCAGUGAGACUCAGCAGUCAGUUCCUGAAGACAUCUUUGACACCAGACCCAUUUGGGAUGAGUCAGUAGAGACUCAGAUUGAACGUAUCCCUGACGAAAAUGUCCAUGACCAUGCUGAAGAUCAACAGGAUGAUCAGGAAAGGACAGAGGAAAGACUGGCCCACAUUGCUGAUCAUCUUGGAUUCAGCUGGACAGAGCUAGCAAGAGAACUGGAUUUCACAGAAGAGCAAAUUCACCAGAUCCGAGUUGAAAAUCCUAAUUCGCUUCAAGACCAGAGCCAUGCACUCCUCAAAUACUGGCUUGAACGGGAUGGGAAACAUGCAACAGAUACAAAUCUUACCCAGUGUCUCACAAAAAUCAACCGAAUGGAUAUCGUUCACCUCAUGGAGACCAGCGGCAUCGACUCCGUGCAGGUCCACGGCACUCGCACGUACGCAGAAAUUGAACAGACAAUAGGAUUGGACCAUAGUGAAGGGUUUUCUGUGCUGCAAGAAGAACUGUACAGUUCAAGACAUAAGCAGGAAGAACAACAUAGAAUAUCUAAAGACAGUGAGCCAACAGAGCACCCUCCUCUUGUCUCUGAGGAAGACGUGUCUGUCAGUUAUUCUCCUUUUCAGGACAAUACUCCCAGGAGUGAGGCAGAAGCAUCAAUGGCUGAGCUCCUGAGACAAGCACACAAGGAAGAAGAGGAAGCUGACUUCUCAGGGAAACCCCAAGAUGUGCCAGAAAAAAUAUCUGCUUCACAACAUGAAUAUUUUGUCACAACUCCAGGAACAGAGCAGUCUACAGCACCAGUAACUGGAAAAGCACACUUCAGUGUGGCGAAGGAAGAGAGAGAAAAAACAUCCCCACAGCCCCUGUCAUCUGCUCAGAGGGGCGACUCUCCCAUCAUCCAAGAGCCCGAGGAACCCCAGCUCCACCAGGAUGACCUCUCUCCCAGGAGAACUAGUCUAGUGAUAGUGGAGUCAACUGAUGAGCAGACAGAAAAGUUUGGAAGAGGCUAUGAAGAGGAGUCUUUAGAAAAGGAGUUAGCAGAGGAGUUAGGUGGGCUGGAGACCAGCUCGGACGAGGACGAGAUGGUCACUACCAGGGUCGUUCGUCGCCGGGUGAUUAUUCAGGCUGAUAGUAUGCCUGAAAUGCCACCAGAAACAGUCACAGAAGAGCAAUAUACAGAUGAACAUGGCCACACAGUGGUAAAGAAGGUCACUAGAAGGAUCAUCCGGCGAUACGUUUCUCCAGAUGGCACAGAAAAAGAGGAAGUCCUCAUGCAAGGAACACCCCAAACACCCAUCACUGUCGAAGAAGGAGACGGCUAUUCCAAAGUUGUGAAGCGGGUUGUGCUGAAGAGCGACAGUGAACAGUCCGAGGUGACCCUGUCUGAACCUGCUGUUGUGCCCAGUGCCUCCAAAUUCCAGUCUGAACCAGUGGAAGGCCGGAAGGUCAGCAAAGUCAUCAAGACCACUGUAGUGCAAGGAGAGAGGACGGAGAAGCACCUGGGGGAUGCUAGCUUAGCUACUGAUCUUCCGUCAGCCAAAGAGGACUUUGAAGAGGCUUUGAGCUAUACAGGUAACCAAAUGAAAGUCCAAAUCCCCGCUUUGGUAGAGAAGGAAAUCCUGAAAGAGGACGGAUCAAUUAUCAAAAGGACGACGCUGAGUAAAGCCAGCACGCAGAAGAGGACUGUGAUGAAGGAUCGGUACGGAAAACACGUUCACAUAGAAGAGCUGGAAGACACACCAGAAGCACUACCACAGGAUGACCUCCAACAUGACCUCCAGCAGCUUCUUAGACACUUCUGCAAAGAGGACUGGAAACAGGAGGCGAAGUGAGAAGCUGCCACCCCUCAACGACACCACAGAACCACCCACCCCGUAUGCAGCAUUCAUCUUCUCUAGGUGUAGACCUUAUUACCUACGUAAUCACUGGAAGACACUGCCAUUUCUACUUGUGCAGAUGCAGUGAAUUCAUUUCUUCCCCCCUCCCCGUGUUUUGAUUUUUUGAGGGUUUUGUUAUUUUUUACCCUGUAAGCUAAUUUGUGACCAAAGAUAGCAUCCUCCAUUCAGGAUGAUUUAUCCACCGAGUCGUCGUCUUCGUGCCGUACUGGGAAUUUUGUCAGCAUCGCCACUUCUUGCUGUCCCUUUGCUUCUGCCCUAGCUUCAUGAACUUGCAUUCGUCAAGCCAACUUCAUCUACAGGCCUCUUCAAGUGACUAUGUACAUGCACCAUGAGAAAGGGAGUUGACUGUAUAUAGGGAGAGCAUUUGGACUUCCAAGACUGC